AUGCCUCAAGACACAACGGACCCCUUCAGCUAUGCGCUCUCGUCCAAUCAGGCAUGGGCUGGGUAUAAGAGCCAUCAGAACCCAGAGUUCUUCACGAAACUGGCCGGCGGACAGAGUCCUUCGAUACUCUGGCUAGGGUGCUCCGACUCGCGCUGCCCAGAGACGACGAUCCUGGGUCUGCAGCCGGGCGACGUCUUCGUGCACCGCAACAUUGCCAACAUCAUCUCGCCGACGGACAUCAACACGUCGGCCGUGAUCGAGUACGCGGUCGCGUUCCUCAAGGUCAAGCACGUCGUGCUGUGCGGCCACUCGGCGUGCGGGGGCGCCGCGGCCGCCCUGGGCAACGCCCGCGUUGGCGGCGUCCUCGAUACCUGGCUCACGCCGCUCAGGCAGCUCCGCAACGCGCACCGCGACGAGCUCGGCGCCAUCCGGGACGAUGGGGCGCGCGCCGUCAGGAUCGCCGAGAUGAACGUCGAGCAGGGCGUCAAGGUCCUCCUGGCCAAUGCGACGGUCGCGGAACACAUCCGGGACAGAGGCCUGCAGGUCCAUGGGACGCUCUUCGACAUCGCGAGCGGGAGGAUCAAGGACCUGGGUCACGGCACGGGUAAGGCAGGCCGGGCCGGGCUUGUGAGUGAUGCCACGCUCGAGGGAGACGUCAUCAGAGGCAAGCACGCGGCUUUGGUAUUUAGGAGCAGCGGCGCUGGUAUGGAGGUUCGAUAAGACUCAGAUUUGUAUUAGGAAAAAAAAAAAAGAGGGGGGGGGUUGCUUUUAUGGGAUAGGAGACCUAUGGAUCUUCGCGGUUGACCUAGGCUGCGACAAGGGACACGGAGUUGAAAGGCAAUGGUAGACAUGAGAAGAAAACGGUUUCGCUUUAUAUUCAGCGAAGGCUCGAGGUUUGGUUAUUUAGUCGAGCCAUUUCUGGUACUAGUUUACAAGGUACAAAUUUCAUUCAUCCAAAC